AUGGGAGGCAACAAGGGCAGCGCACUUGCCGUGCUCCUGGUCCUGGUGGUGGCCUUGGGCUUCUUCGCCGGGCAGUCCUCGGCACGUAGCUGGAUUGACUUUGCCAGUCUCAUCCAAGGAGGAGCGGCGGCGGAAUCGACGGACGAAGUCUGCAAAGACUGCGACUGUCCCAUAACCGGUGGCUGCGUGUGCUACGACACCUUUGCUUCGUGCCCCAGCAUCUGCUCUGGUUGCUGGUGCUCUAAGCAGAAGGCUGAAUGCCAAUGCGUUAACUAUGUCGAGAAGAAUUGGUGUGCUGCACCACCAGCAACGGUGCAGAAGAAACUGGUCAGCGAUGCCCUCUACUGA